GCUUCGUGCGGUCGUCGUCAAGUCCCUUCUCUUUCACCAGUUCCUUUUCCCCCCGAAGAGGAGCAGCGCAGCCGCCAUGGACCGCGUCCAGCUCGUGCUCCUGGGCCUCCCCAUCCUCCUCUUCUGCUCCGACGUCGUCACCCUCUUCGCGCCGUUGCCGCCGCCGGCCCCCCAGCCCGACCACCAGCAGCUCCCGGCCCCUGACGCCUUCCAGCCCGACGACCCCUCCGCCUCCGACGCUACCAUACAGGAGCCGCAGGUGGAUGGACGUGGCUCCGGCACCACCGUCGAAUUGAAGUUCUGCGCCUCCUGCUCGUACAGGGGAACUGCAAUGACCAUGAAGCGGAUGCUGGAAACCUCAUUUCCUGGGAUUCAUGUUGUCUUGGAAAAUUACCCUCCACCCUUUCCCAAGCGCACACUCAGCAAAGCUGUACCUCUUCUUCAAGUUGGAGCCAUGGCAACAUUAAUGGCUGGGGAUCAGAUUUUCCCUAGAUUUGGAAUGGUUCCGCCUCCAUGGUACUACUCACUGCGUGCUAAUAGAUUUGGAACGAUGGCAACAAUCUGGCUGUUUGGCAAUUUCGCUCAGUCAUUUCUACAAAGUUCUGGUGCCUUUGAAGUUUACUGCAACGGGCAACUGGUUUUCUCAAAAUUGUCUGGACAGAGGUUUCCUAGUGAGCUUGAGCUACGGGAUCUCAUUGGCCAAAGGUUACCAGACUCUCAAUUUGGGGAAAAUCUGGAAAAUGUCUAGUCUUAGAUGAUGAUGAUGCCAAGGGACCCUUUAUCACCCACUUUGUUACUAAAUAGGCAGAAUUUCUCGAGAGUUUUACGGCUUAUUGUCAAAAAGACACACAAUGUCUUAGAAUUGUAGACAUUAUUCCCACCUUUGUACAUAACGUUUUACCAUGAUUAUGUAAUAACAAAGUUGACACCAUGUUAAUUCAAUGUUAUCACAGAUUGCAAUA